AUGAGUUGGAUAUGGUGGUGCCUGGUAGCUUAUUCAGCUGCUACGUUCGUUGGAAGUUUCGAGUGUCCUAAAGGUGACGGAUGCAGUGACUGUCGAUUUGGUUACGAGGAGGAGGUUUACACGGUGAACUGUGCCACAACGUCGAUUGGCGUUGUUCAAGUGCAAAUUCUACCAGAAAGUUACAUCAGAUUAUCGUGCAGGAAUUUGGCAAAUUGGGCCAAGUUUCAUCUCGGCUCUGAACAUCCGGUUCGAGGAGUAAAAUCCUUGUCUUUUGACAGUUGUAAUUUACCGGAGGCAAAUCGAUUAGGAUCCCUCACGAAACAACUGCUCGUUGACGAGAUCGAGAGCCUGGAAUUUCGGUCAGUCAAUAAUCUCAGAUGGGGCAUCACCGCAGAUACUUUUCGGGGUUUGAGCACUCUCGAAGAGCUAGCUCUCACGGCUUUUGACUUGAGUAUCAUUCCUGAAAAUCUCUUCGAACAUCUUCCCCGCUUGAAAAUGCUCAAUUUGCAGAACUCGAAUUUGCAUUAUUUGCCAAAUAAAUUGUUCGCUUCGUCGAAUGGUCUUGAAGCCAUCGAACUGAGCAGCAACCAAUUGACCCAAGUGAACUCUACCGCAUUCGAAAACCUUCCCCAUCUUCGUUUGCUCAACCUAUGGAACAAUAAAAUCAACGAUAUAGCAGAAAGUACUUUUGACAAACUUGUCGCCCUAGAAGCAAUCGGUUUACAACGCAACAUGCUCGCAACUUUACCGAGAGGAAUUUUCAGCCGUGCUCGGAAUCUCAAGACCAUUAAUCUCUCCCAAAAUAAUUUCACCUCAGAUUCGCUGCCUGCUGAUUUACUUACGAACUGCGACAAUCUCCGGAUCCUCGUGCUCAUGGAUAAUCGAAGAAAUAUGACCACACUGCCUGAACGAUUUUGCGCCGACUUGACGAAUCUCAGUAUCGUCAAACUGAGAAAAAUCGGCUUGACAAAAUUGUCUGGAGACAUUUUUCACGGCGCGACGAAUCUAAGAACUGUCAGCCUCGAAAGAAAUUAUCUGCUGACCCUCCCAGUUGACAUUUUCCGAGAUAAUCACCAGAUUUUAAAUCUCGAUCUGAGUUUCAACGAAAUUGCCUUUUUACCGGAUCGUAUCUUUUCCAAUUUACGAAAUACCAUCAAGCUGGAUCUCUCCAGGAAUCACAUUGAGGCUAUUUCCGAGAAUCUCUUCACGGGAUUAACGUCAUUGCGGGAAUUGAAUAUGGCAAGAAACAAAAUGAUCGAAAUUCACGAUCAAGCUUUUGUCUCACUGGUGAAUCUCCGCAUCGCUGAAUUUUCAUUCAACGCGUUGGCACUGCGCUCUUCCGAAACAACGAUCCACUCGCCGUUUCACUACGCCGAGAAACUUGAAGAACUUCACUUGGAUCAUAACAACGUUUCCAACAUUUUUGCAGACUGGAUGUUCUCGAUGAACUCAAUGAGAGUUUUGAAUCUCGCCUACAACAAUCUGCAAUACUUGAUGCACGAGGAUUUGCAGUUCUUGUCGGAAAAUUUGUACGUCGAUCUUACGAACAAUAAUAUAAGUCACGUGUAUUUGGAUGGAGUUGAGUCCUGGGCGGCAGAGCGAACUUAUUCACGAAACUUGAUAAUCUCGAUAGAAAAGAAUCCGAUUGAAUGCGAUUGCGAGCUUUACAGUUUGCUUCGUUAUCUUGAGGGGCGACUCAACAGUAAUGUAAAAAAGGCGUUCAUACUUGAAAUUGGUCACACGAAAUGCGAGGCACCGAAUGAAUUGAAGGGAACAAUAAUUAUGAACUUGCGGUCGAAGACUUUCAAGUGCGAAACAAAUCAAAUUUCAAAACUCAAGAAUUCUUGUCCCGAUCAAUGUGGAUGUUACGUGAGACCGGAAAACAAAGCUUGUUUAGUCAAUUGUGUCAACGAGGGAUUUAUCGAAACUCUGAAAAAGGUAGAGUGUCCGGUCGAUCAUUCGAUCGAAUUGAAUUUCAGCGGUAAUUCGUUGAGCAGUAUGCCUAAUGUCAACUGGCCAGGUUACGAGAGGAUCUCCGUACUGGAUCUCGAUCAUAACAAUAUUUCGAGUAUUUCCAUUGAGAUGCUUCCACCAAAUCUCAAGGUACUAAAAUUGAGUAACAACGCUCUGGCAAGAUUGGAUGGAGCGGUUAUCGAUUAUUUGGAAAAUUCAACGCAAUUAACGAGACUCUCUCUGGAUUCGAAUCCGUGGAAGUGUGACUGCGACGCGCGUCGAUUUCUCAAUUUCAUACAAAAGAAGAGCCUCGAAAUUCCCGAACUCAUGAAGAUCACUUGUUCCGGUAGAGAAUCACUUCCGAUUCACCAAAUGACCCCGGACGAGCUCUGUCCCACGAACAACAUGUGGAUCAUCAUCGGUUGUUCCCUAAUUGCUCUUCUCGGUUUAAUCCUCGGGACUCUAGCCGCUGUGUACUAUCGUUAUCAGAUGGAAAUCAAAGUUUGGCUUUACGCGAAAAAUUUGUGUCUCUGGUUCGUGACGGAGAACGAGCUCGACAGAGACAAACUCUUCGACGCGUUCAUCAGUUAUUCUCACAAAGACGAGGACUUCGUCGUUAAUGAUCUGAUACCGAAACUCGAGGCGGAGCCAAGGCCAUUCAAGCUGUGCGUACACUUCCGAGAUUGGCUGGCCGGCGAAUGGAUACCGAAGCAGAUCGCACGCUCGGUCGAAGAAUCACGACGCACGAUCGUCGUGCUGUCGCCAAAUUUUUUGGAAAGCGUCUGGGGCCGCAUGGAAUUCCGGGCUGCUCACAGCCAAGCUCUCAGCGAAGGGAGAGCGCGAGUGAUCGUUAUUUUGUACGGUGACAUUGGUCCAACGGAGGAACUCGAUCCUGAGCUCAACGCAUAUUUGAGCAUGAAUACAUACGUUAAGUGGGGCGAUCCGUGGUUUUGGCAGAAGCUCGAAUACGCGAUGCCACAUCCGCCCGGAAUAAAGAAGCGUAAAUCACGUAAAAGCAUUUUUGAAAGUACGCAGCCUCCUCGCAUCGCAAUGCCAAGCGACAAAUCCGAAUUAAUAAACUCAUCGGGGACUCCCUCCACACCGCCUAUUUCAACCACACCACCCGCUGAUUCUGUCAAAAUUUUCAUAGUCAACGGUGUCACGGACAACGAAUAUGAAAAGCCAGCGAUCAACAACAUCGAUCGAAAUGCCUUACCUCCAGCUAUCACUGAUUUAAAUCCUAAUAAAAGUAACAGUGUCUUCAACAAAAUUCAGUGCACGACCGUUUGACGCGAUACUUUCUGACUCGAAAAAUAUUAAAUCGUAUCUUUCUCACCGAAGUUGACGAACAUUUGAGAAUUCCUAGAGCUGAAAGAAAAAAAAAACAAAAAAUGGGACGCGACACGUUCGCGGGAAAAAGAGCAUUUUCCAUUCUACGCGCUAUGCCAGUAAAUAUUUUUCACAAAUUAACAGUGUACUCGGACGAGUUACUUGAAAUAGAACUUGAAUGAAAAUCGACGAGAGACGUUACUCCCGGUAGAGAACAAACUUCGGAAGAAGAUUAUUCGGACGAGCCCCUUCUGGGCCUUGCGACUGCCAUUGUUCUCUCAAUUUCAAUUGACCGUUAGAACCUUGAUCAACUUGACGCGAUCCGUUUUGAAAAGGAUCCACCGUGCUACCGUUUUAUGAACUUCGCACCAAAUGACUGAAAAAUAUCGAUACGCGAUGUUUCAUUUGCAUUUGAUACUCAUUUUUUCCUCAUCAUUUUAAUUUAUUACGGACACUAAUAUAAUGUCAUCAGUAACAAAAAAACAAACAUCAUUCUUCCGGCAACUGAUUGCCGAAUUUAGACGUUAUAAAAAUACAUACUGAAAUUGUAAAAAUUUCGAUAUUUUUGACCAUUCAAAAAUUCAGGUGAAUUUCGUAUGUGGCUGAAAGAUUUUUUUCGAAAUUGUCCUAUUUUUGACAACAUGAUCCGUAAUUUCUGUAAGACUGAGCAUAAUUAUAGUUCACCACGUUACCGUCAUAAAUUGUAAUUAAAAUUGUAUAUAUAGAUAUAAUUUUGUAAGCGUACAAAAUAAUAAAUAUUCGAAUAGUUGUUAA